CCUCCGCUCGGUCUUCAGCUUUCUCUUCGGCUUUUUGAGCUUUUUCAGUACGAUUCGCCCCGAGCCGCCGGCUCCUUGUCUCGGACAUCACAUCACGACCUCCCGUGAACGGACAUUUCCCCCCGUUUUUUCCCCAUUUUUCUUUUUUCUUUUCCUCCGACAUUUGUGCCAGAGGAUUUUCCAUCUGGAGUGACGGCGAGACCUGUAUUCACACGGAAAAAGAAGAAACUUUUGCCUGUAUGUGCCGGUGGUUAUGGCCUUCUCUGCACUGGAAAGUGCCAUGGUAUCAGAAGCUCCGUUAAUCCUCCUCGCCGUGGCGACUGUGGCCGUGACGGCCCAGGGGGGCUUGCUAGACUCCUGGAAGAGCAACAGGAUAGAAGUCAACGUCCCCUGGGUUCCCGUCGGAGCGGAGAGCCGGUGUUACGAUACCCUCGGCUGCCUCAACCUCACCAAAGAAUGGUAUCAUAUCAUAUACCGACCUUUCAACGUUUUCCCUCUGCCAAGGCACGUCAUAGAUACAAAAUUCAUCCUGUACACGAGGUCCAACCCGACGGAAGGCGUGAUGAUGAGGGCGCAGAAUCCAAAGUCGAUCGAACGGUCCCACUUCGACUCAAAGAAGCCGACCAAGUUCAUAAUCCACGGCUUCAUCGACACACCGCUAAGCUCUUGGGUGAAGGAAAUGAGGAUGGAGCUGUUGAAAUACGCUGAUUAUAAUGUGAUAGUCGUUGACUGGGCUGGUGGAUCUCUUCCUCUUUACACUCAAGCCACUGCAAACACUAGGCUCGUCGGUCUCGAAGUUGCCAACUUCAUCAACUAUCUCAAAGAAAACCAUUCCUUGGAUCCAGGCCAGGUGCAUAUUAUCGGGCAUAGCCUAGGAGCCCAUACUGCUGGAUACGCCGGAGAAAGGGUUGCCGGGUUGGCGAGGAUCACCGGUCUAGAUCCAGCCGAGCCCUAUUUCCAAGGUAUGCCCAAGUCUGUACGUUUAGACCCGACUGAUGCCAACCUGGUCGAUGUGAUCCACACGGACGGCACGAGCAUCUGGCUCUUAGGGUACGGCAUGGUUGAACCAUGCGGACACCUUGACUUCUACCCGAACAACGGCAAAGAACAGCCGGGCUGUGAUAUCGCCGAAAACCCUCUACCCCUCACCCUUAUAAGAGACGGGAUCGAAGAAGCGUCUAGAGUCCUGCUCGCCUGCAACCACGUCAGGGCUAUAAAGCUGUUUAUAGAGAGUAUCAACUCUUCCUGCCCGUACCUGGGCCACAGGUGUCCGUCUUAUCAACAUUUCCUGCAGGGGAAAUGCUUCUCAUGCGGUCCGAACGGUACAGGCUGCGCCAUCAUGGGCUUCCACACGGAGAAGACAAACCUACCUCCAGGUGGAAAAUACUUCAUACAGACUGGAAGAGACGCUCCUUAUUGCAGAAGGCACUAUAAAGUGACAGUGGAUUUGGCAAAGCCGCCCAGGGCUGAAGCAUGGGUUCAAGGGUUCAUGAGGGUCUCGCUGCACUCUGACAAUGGGGUCAUACGCAACCUAGAUCUGACACCAAGCGGUUAUGAAAAACUGGAACACGGCACGUCGAAGAGCUUCGUCGUGACGCACCAGGAGGACAUAGGCCCGGUCAGGAAGGUGGAGUUCUACUGGGAGUACGACAUGAACGUACUACAGCCUCGUAGCAUAUGCUUCCUAUGGUGCAAUGACCACCUGUAUAUCAAAAAUAUACGAGUGACGGAAAGCAAGAUCAACAGCAGAGAGAAACGAGCUGUUGAUGUGUCGAGCAAACUCUGUUCACUUGGAAACCGAGAGUAUGCUGAUAUAGCGUCCAGGUCGACGGCGCUCUUCCUCGAUAAAUGCGACGACUAGGUCUAAGACCUCAAAAAAACAA